AUGGAGAUAAUCAGGGAAGGACCAUCAGCUUCUCGUCCUCCUAUACUGGGCGGUAAAAAUUACUCCUAUUGGAAGCCUCACAUGAUAUUUUUCAUUAAAACCUUAGAUGGAAAAGCAUGGAGAGCACUUGUUAGUGGUUAUGAGCCUUCAAUGAUCACUAUGAAUGGAGUAUCAGUGCCAAAACCAGAAAUUGACUGGACAGAUGCUGAAGAACAAGCUUCGGUUGGAAAUGCAAGAGCCAUAAAUGCUAUCUUCAACGGUGUCAAUUUAAGCGUAUUCAAACUUAUUAAUUCCUGCAUUACUGCUAAAGAGGCGUGGAAAAUACUGGAAGUUGCAUUUGAAGGAACUUCUAAAGUGAAGAUAUCCAGACUGCAGUUGAUAACUUCAAAAUUCGAAGCCUUGAAAAUGACUGAAGAUGAGACAGUCUCUGAAUACAAUGAGAGGGUCCUGGAGAUAGCUAAUGAUUCGUUACUACUUGGUGAAAAGAUUCCAGAGUCUAAGAUUGUUAGCAAAGUGUUGCGCUCCUUACCCAGAAAGUUUGACAUGAAGGUCACUGCCAUAGAAGAAGCCCAAGAUAUAAUGACGUUAAAACUUGACGAACUAUUUGGGUCGCUACUUACGUUUGAAAUGGCUAUUUCGGAUAGAGAAAGUAAGAAAGGUAAGGGGAUAGCAUUCAAAUCAAUUUAUGAUCAAGAGAACACUGUAAAUCAGUCUGGUAAUGAAGCUAAUCAAGAUGAGUCAAUAACUCUCCUAACGAAGCAAUUCUCGAAGAUGGCCAGAAAGUUCAAAAGUUUGAAUACUGGUGGAAAAACUGAAAAAAGUGGAAGACAUGAUGGUGAGAACUCUAUAAGAAAGGUUAAUGACUCCUCUUACAGAAGAAAUAGCGACCAUGGAAAGAAAAAAGAGGAUGUAGGGAGGUCGUUUAGAUGUAGAGAAUGUGACGGGUUUGAUAAAGAGCUAACUCUUGAAGAACUCAAAAUCCUGAGGAAGGAAGACUCAGAAGCCAAAACUAUUCAAAAAGAAAGAAUUCAAGAUUUAAUGGAUGAAAAUGAACGUUUGAUGGGGAUUAUAUCAUCUCUAAAAGUAAAGUUGAAAGAAGUACAAAAUGUGUAUGAUCAGACAAUUAAGUCUGGGAAAAUGUUGAAUUCUGGAACUGACAGCUUAGACUCAAUCCUGAGUUUAGGGCAAAAUGGUUCAAGUAAAUAUGGCCUCGGAUUUGAUACUUCAACUAGGGGUGUUAAGAUUAUUCCAGAAGUAAAAUUUGUUCCAGCCUCAGUAGAAGAAACAACUGACCCCAGUUGUAAAAAGUUGAGUGUCUAUACAGGUGCCAAAUUCUCCAGAUGGGUCUACUAUUAUUGUGACAGAAGAGGUCAUAUACGGUCAUUCUGCUACAAAUUACUGAGAGAUAGGAGACAUCAGCAAAGACCAAAACUUGUAAACCAGCAAAAUAAGUAUAUGACCAUCAAAAGGAAUGAUGAUGUAAGGGGAACUCACUGGAUCUGGAGGGUGAAGGCUUCUGAGAAGUGCAAUGUAGCAUUUACAACAGUCCAAACCCAUGUUGAUGCUUGGUACUUUGACAGUGGAUGCUCAAGACAUAUGACUGGCAAUCGAUCCUUCUUUACUGAGUUAGAAGAAUGUGCCUUAAGACAUGUCACCUUUGGAGAUGGGGCCAAAGGAAAAAUUAUUGCAAAAGGAAACAUUGACAAAAGUAAUCUACCUUAUCUGAAUGAAGUUAGAUAUGUGGAUGGACUGAAGACAAACUUGAUUAGUGUAAGUCAACUAUGUGACCAAGGAUACAGUGUAAACUUUAACAAUACUGGUUAUGUAGUUACAGACAAGAAUAAUCAAGUGUUCAUGAGUGGCAGACGGGAAGCAGAUAACUGUUAUCAUUGGAUUUCAAAUGGCUCAAACAUAUGUCACUUAACUAAAGUUGAUCAAACCUGGUUGUGGCAUAGGAAAUUGGGGCCCAUCAGCUUGAGAAGUUUAAAUAAAGUUAUCAGAAACGAGGCAGUUGUAGGCAUUCCUUCAUUAGACAUAAAUGAAAAAUUCUUUUGUGGUGACUGUCAAGUUGGAAAGCAAACCAAAACCUCCCACAGAAAGCUAAAGAAAUGUUAUACGAUCAGAGUACUUGAACUUCUACAUCUUAACCUCAUGGGUCCCAUGCAAACUGAAAGUUUGGGGGGGAAAGAAUUCUUAAAUGGAAAAUCAGAUACUGUUAAACUAUGUAUUAGUCUAUGUUUGAACUUGCAACGUGAGAAGGGGCAAAAGAUAAUCAGGAUUCGUAGUGAUCAUGGGAAGGAAUUUGAUAAUGAAGAUCUGAAUAACUUCUGUCAGACUGGAGGAAUCCAUCAUGAAUUUGUAGUUCCCAUAACUCCUCAGCAAAAUGGAGUAGUUGAAUAG